AUGGCUCCUAAAUUCUUGACUGGCGACCAGGCCGGCAUCGACGAGUUCCUUAACAAGUUUGAUNNGUCUUCUUGUUCGACUGCGAUGGAUANNGGCGUCCUGUGGUCGGGCGAUCAUCUCUUCGAAGGCACCAAGGAGACUAUCGAGAUGCUCAGAAGCAAGGGUUGGUACCCUCCUGGGUCACAAGAACAAGAGACAGCCAUGCUGAACAAGAAGCACANNGGAAAGCAACUGGUCUUCGUGACCAACAACAGCACCAAAUCGCGUGCAGACUACAAGAAGAAGUUUGACAGCAUGGGCAUCCCUUGCAAAGUGGAAGAAGUCUUUGGCUCUGCCUACAGUGCAGCCAUCUACAUUGCCCGCAUCCUCAAGCUUGAGGCGCCCAAGAACAAGGUCUUUGUGCUUGGUGAGUCGGGCAUUGAAGCCGAGCUGGCAUCGGAGAAUGUGCCGUACUGCGGAGGUACAGACCCCAACCUUCGUCGCGAGAUGAAGCCAGAAGAUUUCACAAACAUUGCCAACGGCAGUGCUCUCGACCCUGAUGUCGGCGUUGUGCUGGCUGGUCUUGACUUCAACGUCAACUACCUCAAGUUGAGCAUGGCAUACCACUACCUCCGCAGAGGAGCCGUCUUCCUGGCAACCAACACCGACUCGACUCUGCCCAACUCACACACUCUCUUCCCUGGUGCUGGCUCAGUCGGCGCACCUCUCGUCAAGGCAUGGGGCAAGGAGCCUCUGGCAUUGGGCAAGCCCAGUCAGGCCAUGAUGGAUGCAGUCGAGGGCAAGUUCAAGUUCGACCGCAGCCGUGUCUGCAUGAUUGGAGACCGUCUCAACACAGACAUUCAGUUUGGCAUUGAAGGCAAGCUUGGAGGCACACUGGCCGUCUUGACUGGUGUUAGCAAGAAGGAAGAGUUCCUGGCCGAAGACGCUCCUGUGGUUCCAUCAGCAUAUGUCAACAAGCUUGGUGACUUGCUGGGGAUAGAUGGAUAA